UUUUUUUUUGGUUGAACAAAAAAAAUAAAAACAAACAGAAAUAACGUACGAGGCUUGUGAAUUCUAAGAAAAAAAUAGAAAAACAACAAAGUGUCUCUGUUACGAAGAAAAAGGGGAAAAUACCUGGAAAUAAAAAUUGUUGAGAUUUGAAAAAAAAAAAUAUAUAUUCCCAGAGUUUGUGGAUUAAAGCAAAGUCAUUAUCGGGAAAUCUUUCGGUUAUUUUUCGAAAAAAAAAAAUAUACAGAAAAGAGAAACCCCCUAUAAAGAAAAAAGUUUGCUAUUAAAGUCAAGCUUUGAUGUGAAUUUUUUUAAAAAUCCCCAUUUCCACUGUUGAAAUAGUGUUGACAAAUUUUGAAAUUCCUUCAAACACCCACCCAAGAGAAAAUCACAACAUAACCAAGAAGUUGUUUUUGUUUCUUUCAACCUCCCACCCACACUAACUGUAUGUGGUGUUUUUUUGUUUUUGUUUGUUAAGCCACCACUGCUUAUGAGUGAGUGAGAAUAUAAUGUUUGGGUGUGUGUGUGAACAAAGUUAACCGUCUACUUACAAGCUACUCCAACACAAAAGCACACACACAAAACAACAUAAGCCAUAGCCGUCUUAUGCUGUCAUUGAUUAGUGAGAAGAAAGUGAAAUCAGCUGAUUUUCAAACAAAGACGCCAGAGUGAUUUGAAUGAGUGACAAAACAAACAAACAAAACGUCAAUAGCACCAGCAAAAACAACAAAAACAUCAUUAAAAUAUAGCCUUUAAUAAUGAGGAUAUUGUUGAAAAGUGUGUAAAUAAUUUAUUAGCAAAAACGCUACUACAAAAUGUUUAUUUUAUAUGCACAAAUGCAACUACAUACAAGCACAUCCAAACAACAUACCCUGAACACAAUAUUGUAAUUGUAAAUUUUUAAUUGAAGAAUAUUUACAACAACAACAAGAAACAAGCAAAAAAAUUGUUCUCUAUUAAACAAAGAACGAGGCAAACGUUUAACCAACAAGUGAAAAUCAAAAUAUAUUAACAAAAAAGAACAAGUGUAAAAAACGUAAAGAAAUCAAAGAACGGAAAAAAACCAAUCAGAGAAAAAGUUAAAAGAAAAUUUUUUCCUAAGGAAUAGUUGAAAAAAACCUACAGCGAAACACAAAAUCAUUUGGUUUGGGUGAAUGCAACUACGAAUGCAGCAUCAGCACCAGCAGCAGCUUCUAAACAAUUUGAGACAAACUGGCAACCCGGCUAAAGCAAGACCAGACAUAGCGGCAUUGUCAUAUCCCUAGAGAGAUUUGAGAGCCAAGAUAGGGCAGCAAAGGUGAAGAGAAAAAGUCUGGCCAGAGUUACCGCAGUUUUUUUCUUCAAAAUUUUCCCACUUCAUAACAAAAGGCGUUUAAUUUUUCCUUGGAUUAGUUGAGAAGAUUAAACGCAUCGUAAUAUGUGCACAGGGCAACAACAGCAACGUCUUUAUUUUGUAGUUAACGAAACACAAAAACUAAAACAACAACAACAACAAGAUAGACAAACAAAAUCUGCCACUGAGGAGUACAACAACCUAGAGCAACCUCGUGCCCCACCUCCUUCAUUGUUAAUUUUGCCCCCCUUAAAAACAACUGCAACAACAACAACUAGAGCAAGUGUGUGGCCCUCCACCCAGUCAACAUCAUUACGCUGUGGUCCAAUUCCAAUCCGAAAAGCACAACAACUACAACAUAUUCUCCAUACACCCGCCACUGCUGCCAAUAUUUGGCUCACGGUACCAAGUUUAUUCAAGUCAAUAGCACGCGCUGCCUUGGUACGUGCCAUUGAUUUAAUAAUUUCCAACUUGUGGAUUGAUUACACAUAGCCCCACCAUAGCCACGAGUGGCAUAAUCUUUAGCCACAGAGAAGGAGAGAAGACGAAGAAGACGACAAACUAGCCAGCUAGCCAUACAGCAUAGAGGAGAGGAAUAGCAACAACAGCAAUAGCCCCCCACCAAUUGAAACUCGCAGUUGUUAAUUUGCAAAAGCAAAGUCAUUAACUGUUGCAACGAAGUGGAAUUGAAACACCAUUGUCGCUUCAGGCCCACCGAAACCAUGAAUUUAAAUAAUCUGGUAUUUGUGCCCUCAAUGAACUCAACAACAACAGCGGCAGCAGCAGCAAUUGGAGCAGCAAAUAGUGCUCCCAAUACCAAUAUGAUGGUACCAGGAGCAGGUCAUUUUAUGGGAAAAGCUCCUCCAGCACCACCACCACAUCAUCAUCAUCAUCAUCAUGCCCACGGCGGCUCUCCAAAUGCCUCCUCUGCAGCCAUGUAUCAUAUGCGUCAAAUGGCCAGCUAUCAUCAGCAGCAGCAACGUUUCUAUCAUCCACAAUCGCCACCCCAACGUUCGGGUUUUUCCUAUUAUCAUCAGGGACCUAGGCAUUUCUACAACAACUCCAUGAUGAAUGGCAGACCUCCAUUGCCGGGCUUAGGCCCCCAUCCAAAUGCAAAUAAUGCUGGUGGCAUCUGGCCUUCUUUAAAACCGGGUAAUAAUUAUGCAGGGAUUUCAACCAAAGCCCCUAUAGCCUCCAACAAACUGUCUAUGGAUUCUAAGGAAUCACCCCCACCCCCACCAAAUGAAAUCAACAAAGACACUUUGGUAGACACUUUAAAUGCAACUUCAGCAGGGGAACUCAAUACCAGCAACAACAAGAACAACAACAAACCAACGUCAGCCUCAGCUAACAAAGCUGUAGCUCCACAUAAGAAAUCUGAAAAAUUCGAUAAAGUUUUAAAUAAACAAUUAACGAAACAUCCGAAAAUUAAACGUUCCGAUUCCAAAUGUUCUAUGAAAUCAACAACAACGACUCUAGCAGUCGUAGCGACAGUAGCAGCAUCGACUGAAACAUCAUCAUCAUCAUCAUCGAUAACAACGACUACAAACACUGCUUGUGUGAAAGUGGUGAAAAAGGAUAUUAAACAACGGGAGCAACAUAAAAAGAAAAAUGACACUAUGCAACGUAACAGUAGCAAAGCAAGUCAUACAACAUUGUCAUCUCCAUCAUCAAACAGCAACAACAAAUCCCACCAACAUCAUAAAGAUCAUAAUCAUGCAUCCCAUCAUCAUCAAAGCUCAUCGACAACAGCGAACGGUAAUAAUAAAAAUAAUCACGACUCCUCAGAUUCGGGCAUAUCGACAAGCGGCGGUGGCCAUCAGCAGCAGCAUCAAGGCACAACUUCUGCUGCAAAACAGCGCAAAUCUCGCGGCAAUAAUAAACGUCAAGAUGGCGCUGCCUCAAAUCAUGCCACAAAUACAACAACACAACAAACCCAAGGUGGCCCCCAACAACAACAGCAAAAACGCGGCGGGGGCACGUCAUCGGGUUUCAUUGUGAAUGAUUGGUUACAAAACGAUAUGUAUUGUUACGAGAGACGGUUUAUAUCUUCAUGCGGCGAAGACUCUAUGAUUGCAUCUCGUCAUAAUCCUGGCCAUCGUAACAGCACCUCAAGUGAGGCCACCGGCAGUGAUGAUCUGAACUCCAGCUCGAGUAAUGAGGAUUUAAGCACCACCUAUAUUGUACAGAACAAGGCGUCCAAGAAAUCUUCAAAAUCACGUCAGAAGCGCCAACAGAAACGCAAACAAAAUGCCAACAAUCAUUUGGUUGGUGGCACCAACACAGCGUCCGAUCUACAGCCCAUGGACAUUGAUGAGGAUUACAAGGAAAAUCAAAAGCCCCAUAAUAACAAUGCUCAUGCCAACAAUGGAGGUAAAACCUCAAAUUCAUCAGCAGCUAUGAAUCUGCGCAAACAGUGCACAAAGGCCGCUGCCCUAAAAGCGGCACUCAAUAACAGCAAACUCCCCAAGUCUACAGCAGUUGGAGUGAAUGCCUUGACUACAUCAGCUUCAAAUUCAUCAGUUUGCAGUUCAUUGUCAUCGGCCUCAUCGUCGUCGUCGAUCAAUUCAUCGUCGCUGUCAUCAUCGGCUUCUAGCUCACCGGCCCAUUCGGCCAACUCAUCACCCACCGCUUCGCCUACGGCCAGCAAACGCAAUGCGGAGCAUUUAAAGAAAGUGGCACAGGCUCUGUUGCCACCACCGCUCAGGCAGUUCACCAAAUUGAAUUUAACUGAAGCGGAGCUGGUGCAACAAAUGCGCCGCUAUGUGAUUGAGCCCAGCCUCUUAAGAGUGUAUGGCUUUCCCGUGGAGUCGGUGCAUCAUGAGGGCUGCAUUGAAAUCUACAAAUGCUUGCCCAAACACUUGGCCGAAGAGGCCAUCACAAAGGACAAUCAGCGUCAUCAUCGUCAUUUCUAUGGCCGCAAAAAGCCCAGCGGUGUUAUAAAUGCCUAUGAUGGCCUUAACUCCACCACACAGCAAUGGUCGAAUUCUACCACAGCCAUAGAUUCGGGCCAUGGCUCGGGCGACUCAAGUCCCCGCUUCACAGAUUCCGAUUCCAGCGAAAUGGGCGAAGAAGAGCUGGGCUAUGAACCCGUCAUGGCCUUCUACACCCCCGAUGGGGUCUAUCAAAUCUUCUCGGAAUACGAUGAUUCCGCGGAGAAACAGUGUGUGCGGUGUUCCAAAAUGUUCGAGGUCAACAGUGAGGGAGAAUACCAGACCUUCGAGAGCUGCACCUACCAUUGGGGCAAGGCGAAUAAUGUGUAUAACGGUAAAUGUUAUGUCAACAUAUAUUCCUGCUGCCAGGGUGAAGAGUCCAGCGAAGGUUGCAGCCAGCACCCGCUGCAUGUGUGGAAUGGUGCAGUGGUGGGCAUUAAUGGGCCCUAUAACGAUUUUGUGCACACCAAGCCACGCAGUGAAAAACAAAAGCACAAAAGUCCCAAAAUCUAUGCCAUUGACUGCGAGAUGUCCUACACCGGUCUGGGCCUGGAGGUGACCAAAGUCUCGGUGGUGGGCUAUGAUGGCUCGCUGGUCUAUGAACAUUUUGUACGCCCUAGAGCGGAAAUUAUCGAUUACAAUACCCGCUUCUCGGGUAUUAGCGAAACAGAUCUCUCCCCCAACUCGAAUAACUCCAUUAAAACAUUUGCCCAGGUGCAGCAGGAUUUGCUGAAGCUCUUCGACGCCGACACCAUACUAAUUGGCCAUGGUCUGGAUAAUGACCUAAGGGUCUUGCGGCUGGUGCACAAGACCAUUGUCGAUACUUCACUGAUAUUCAGUCACUCCACGGGUUAUCCCUAUCGCAGAUCUCUUAAGAAUUUAACCAAGUCCUUCCUCAAGCGAGACAUUCAAUGCAGUGACCUGGGCCACAGUAGCUUCGAAGAUUCCCGGGCCUGUCUGGAGCUGAUGUUGUGGAAGGUGCGCAAGGAUUUGCGCCACUGGAGCUAUCAAUGAGAGCAGGAGGCCGAGGCCGAUGCCGAUGCCAAGGAGGAGCACCAACUGCAAAUACCUGUCGAUAGGCCCCGUUUGUGGUCGAAAUAUUAUUACCUAUAUUAUAACUAUUAUUCUUACUAUUGUGAUUGUAUGCGUGUAUAUACGACAAGUACUAUGAGUAGUGAUAGUUGUAAUGAUAGCUGUCCUAGAAAUAAUAUCAGCAAUAGCUAUACGAGUAGUCUGUAUUCAUUCUAUGUAAAUAGUUGCUGUGUGAUGAGUAGCGAGUGUUUUUAUUACCGUAGCCUAUAAGUGAGUGCAUGAGUGAUGAUAAUGUGUGUGAAUGAGUACGAGUGUCUGUGCAAUGAGUAUUUGAAUGAGCGAAUGUUUGUAUGAGUGCGUAUGAAUGUUUUUUUUUCUCUUUUCUAAGACUUUUACUAUAACUUCCCCCUCUCAAUAUUUUAUCACCCCACACACCCCUUCCUCCUAUUUUUUUCGUUUUUUUAAGGAUGACAAUUUUGUUUUUCUACAAUGCAAACUGUUUUUUCGUUGUCUUUUGUAUGAAAACAUUAUGGUCAACACUCCCGUUGUUGAAUUGACUGAAAAUUGUAGUUUUAACCGACAUUUUUUUUGGUAGAUUUAAGAUAACAUAACAAAACAAAACCCCCCACACAACAAAAAAAACAAACCAAAACAGUCAGCUGCUUGACUGUCGCGCAUUAGUUUUAAAUGUACUACUAUUUAUUAAAGUAUUUUUCUGUUAAGUUUUUUUUUUUUUUAAUUUUUAUUUUAUUUUUUUUUAUUUUUCGAAUAUCAUUUGAUUUUUAUUCAUACACCCUUCAACAACAAAAAAAAACACAACCAACAAGAUGAAAUACAUCUAAACAAAACUAUUUUUUGUUAAACCAUUAAAAAAUAAAAACAAAAACAAAACAAAGAAACGAUAAAAUAAAGUUA